AUGGAGAGGCUCAAUUCGAAGCUGUAUCUGCAGAACUGCUACAUCAUGAAGGAGAACGAGAAGCUGAGGAAGAAGGCCGCCCUGCUCAACCAGGAGAACCAGGCCCUGCUCUCCGAGCUCAAGCAGCGCCUCGGCAAGGCCCAGGCCCAGCAGGCCCACACCGCCGCCACCAACAGCGCCACCCGGAGCCCCGCCAUCCCCGACCUCAACAGCCCUCCCUCCGGAAUCGACAAGCUCUGA